UUCUUUCUGACUUUCUCAAAGUAGCUUUAUGAAUAUUAAUUUAUUUGCAUCACUCUUUGUAUAAGUGUUGGUCAUCAAGCUAAUAACAUUUCCUACAUCUUCUGCUUCUUUUUCAAGAAUCCUACCUCUUAGUUUUCCACUUUUGCUUAUGGAACCAACCCAGAAAAGCCUCCAUAUAUUUGAGUCCCCAGCUUUUGAAUCGCUCACAAAGCAACAGAUUUCAAGCUAUCACUCACCAUUUUCUAGUGUUUCAGAUUCUGCUUCUCCAAUUUUAGCUGUUGCAGUUCUGAGUGUGAUGGGGACUGUUUUUUUGCUAUUGGGUUACUACAUUUUCAUCAGCAAAUGCUGUUCUAACUGGCACCAUUUUAGUCUGCUGAGGCGGUUUUCAAGUUUUCAUUCCCAACAGCAUGAAGAUCCUUUCAUAGCUCUCUCACCAACAAUGUGGAAUCGCGGGCUCGAACAGUCGAUGAUUGGCCAAAUCCCAACUUUUCGAUUUGAGAAAGACGAUGAAGGUAGUGGUCUCUAUGGCUGCGUGGUUUGUCUAAGCGAGUUUCAAGAGAACGAGAUGUUGAGAGUUCUACCAAAAUGCAGCCACACAUUUCACUUGGACUGCAUUGAUGUCUGGCUGCAAAGCAAUUCCAAUUGCCCUCUUUGCAGAACAAGCAUUUCAGGCACAACAAAGCCUCCAAUUGAUCAUAUUGUAGCUCCAAGCUCUUCUCCUCAAAACUCUCAGCUCCUUUCCAACAGCCUAAUGGGCAGUGAUGAAGAUUUUGUAGUCAUUGAAUUAGGUAGUGAAGAUGAAGUUGUUUCCUCAACAGGGCAACAAGAAAGUACUAUUUCAAGAGAAGCACUGGUUCAGCAGCCCAGAUACCAUUCUCCUAAAAAACUUGAGAACAAGGUUGGAAAAUCCAAAACUCGGAAGUGUCACCAUGUUUCAAUCAUGGGAGAUGAGGGCAUCAAUGUUAGAGCAAAAGAUGAACAGUUCUUCAUCCAACCCAUCAGAAGAUCCUUUUCCAUGGAUUCUGCAGCUGAUCAACAGCUUUACUUGACCGUUCAAAUGAUAAUACAUCAAGAUAGGCAAAUCAACGAGUCCAGUAGCAGUAGUAGUGCAGAAAAUGACAGCAGAAAUCGAAGAUCUUUCUUCCCGUUUCGAUCCGGACGAGGAUUCAAAAACACGAUUCUUCCACUCGAGUCAGAUAUGUAAAUAUUCAAGGAUUGAUUGGUUGCAUUCAGAUAUAGUUUCUGUUUGCUUUUGAUUUCAGAAGGUAGUGAAAAAGUUAAUAGGUGAAUGAGAUAUUACAUACAAAACAAAUGGUGUUAUUUGUAAUUUUUUAUGAAAUUUUACACAUUAUGGAAAAGAGAUGAAAAAUAGAACUUGUUGAAA